AUGAAGGAUGAUAAAACGGGGCAGGUGGAUCCACUGGGCAAUUUAGAUGAGCAUGCGCCCUGGUUUGGGGGCAUUGCUGAUGGCGGUGCAGGCGGAAAAGGUGCCGGUAAACGUGGGGCAGGUGGUCCUGGGGGUGAUGGCGGUGCCGGUGAUGCCGGUGGUCGAGGAGGAGCACGUGGUGCUCAUGGUGGGCAUGGUGAUUAUGGAGGGCGUGGUGAUCAGGCUGGUGGACCUGGUGGACGCGACGGUAAGGCAGGAAAAGGUGGUAAAGGAGGGAAGCGCGGUAAGGCCGAUGAUGAAGGCGGCUGUCAAGGCUGCGGCGAAUUUGUGCCAGACUUUGGUGAUGAUGAUGACGACGAAUCGGAUGAAAGUGAAGAUCUUGAGUCAAGGCGUUCGUCGAAGCGCAAAAGCAAGAAAGACAGCGUACACAAGAGACGCAAACGCAAACGGAGAGCGCGUACACCUGAGCCCAAGCCUCGCAAAAGAAAGGAAAGCUCCGAAGAAGAAGAAGAAGUUGUGGUUGUUGAGGAGGAGCAGGAGCCAGAGCCUGAAUUGCCGCCGCCUAGAAAACCAUUUUCAUUCGAUACGGACGAAGAGCCAGAGCCAAAGCGUAAAAAGCGCAAGCGCCGUAAACGCAAACGCAAGCCCAAGCCAAAGAAAGAAGAAAAAGGCGAUUGUCCUUGUCCAUGCGAAGUGUGCGAGUUUAUGAAUCGUCGCCUCAACGAAACCGAUGCGCCAUUCCUUAAAGACAUGCUCGAGGAGCAGAAACGACGUGAACUGAAGGACUAUCUUAAACGCAUGUGCCAUCGGGAAUAUAUCAAAACACGUCCGACGCCAUAUCCUGCGCCGCAACACAGAUGCGAUAAAAUCGAUUGCAACGAUUGCUUCUGUCGUAAUCCCGAGCUAAGCGAUUGCAUUGAACGUCUGGGCGCCAUGCAGGAGCUGCGUGAUGAGCUCGGUCGCAAAUCUCACAUGGUGGAGAGGCAGGUGCUAUUUGAGCUGGACUCUCUGAAGCAGCAGCUAUGCCGUCGCUUCUGUGAUUGCUUCGGCUGA